ACCCGGAUGAGGCAUGUCCGACCGCAGGGGCGGCGGGUUGCGGCUGCUCUGUCUCCAUGGAUACCGGCAGAGCGCGGACACUUUCCGCGCGCGAACCGGGGCCCUGCGCAAGGCCCUGCGCGGGCGCGCGGAACUCCUGUACGUGGACGCGCCCCAUUCGGUGGACUCGCCUCUCCAGUCAGGGGAAGCUGCCUCAGGCUCUCUAGAAGCCAGCUCAAAGGGCUGGUGGUUCUCCAACCCCCAGGAAGGGACGUUCAGUGCCCUGGAAGAAGCGUCUUCCUGCAAAGGGCUGGAGGAGUCUCUAGACAGAAUUGCCAAGGCCUUCGCGGAGCAGGGCCCCAUUGACGGCCUCCUGGGCUUCAGCCAGGGAGCGGCGUUGGUGGGCAUCAUUUGUGCCCUGAAGCAGCGCGGAGACCCCCGCUUUCCCUUUGACUUUGCCAUUGUGGUGGCUGGCUUCAAGAGCCAGGCCGCCCCCCACCAGGGCUACUACCAGGAACCCAUCGUGGUGCCCAGCCUGCACGUCCUGGGCGAGACAGAUCAGGUCAUCCCAGCUGAGAUGAGCAGGCAGCUUGCCUCCUGCUUUGCAGAGGCCUCCACCCUCAAUCACACAGGGGGCCACUUCGUCCCGGCCUCCGCACCCCAAAAGAAAGCCUACCUGGAAUUCUUGGAUCAGUUUGUAAAGUGACUGUGUUGGGGCCCAGUGCCCACGGCGAAUGGUGUAAAGGGCAGCUCGUGGCCUGCCUGGUCACUGCAGUGUGAUGGCCAGAGAAUCCUAUUAGCUUUACAUCCGCUGCCUUGAGGGAUGAGUAAACUGGGACUUGUCAGAUCUGAAAAUCUUGUCUGUCCCUGUGUUGAAAAUUCUUUUAAAA